AUGAUUAAUUAUCCUUUUGUUUAUUUUGAAAAGCAAAGGCGAAAAUAUAAUGUGCUUAAGUAGACCCUGGGUAGGUUUUUGUGUCUUCUUCAUGUGUGCUAACGACGGUUCUCAACGCCUAUUGUUGCUCUUUUUUAUGAGAAACAUACAUGGAAAAAAAUCAGAUUUCUCUGGCUCCACCCAUACAGUCAGAGGUGGGAGUUGAUCCAGUGUAAGAGGCUACUGCUGAAUUAACGCAGAGCAGUUAAUGGUUUGACCCAAGUGUGAUUUUGACGCAAGUCAGAACUUCUAGCGGGACUUUGGUUGGAACUCCAGGCCGGAGGAGAGCAGGUUCAUCGCUGUGCCGCUCGCUCGCUCCUUGGCUGUCGAACCCUGGAAGGGGACCAUUCAGGCUGAAGGGCACUUUCUUGGAACCCCAGAGAGCCGUCUGAACCUGGUUGCGCAUUGCCAUGGUAACCCAAGCCCUGUGAGCCUGCUCUUCUGGAGCUGGGCCGAAUACUAUGGGGACAACUGAAAGCAGAAGGCGAAGACAGCAAUCCCCUUCUACGAGCGGCUCGGACGAACAAGCCAACGGCUGGACGGACGCUGCUUGCUCAGAAGACAUGGCGGAGUUUAAGGUCCAGAUGGCAAAGCACCCCCCCCACCACUCUCCGCUGCGACCGCCCAGCGAGCACUCGAAGGACCGCGCCCUGAAAAGGCUCUCGUCCGAGUCCAACGGGACCGGUGAGAGCAAGGCGGGGUCGGCCACGCCUGUGGAGCUCACCGCGCUGGAGGAGUCCUUCCGCCGUUUCGCCAUCCACGGCGACACUCGCGCCACCGGAAAGGAUAUGCACGGCAAGAACUGGUCCAAGCUGUGCAAGGACUGCGGCAUCAUCGACGGCCGGGCUAUCACCCUCACCGACGUGGACAUCGUCUUCACGAAAGUCAAGAAGAAAUCCUGUCGCACGAUCACGUUUGACCAGUUCAAGGAGGCGUUGGGGGAGCUCGCCAGGAAACGGUUCAAGGACAAGACUGCGGAGGAAGCGGCAGAAGAGGUCUUUAAGAUGGUAGAAGGAAAGUCACCCAUCAUAUCUGGAGUCACGAGAGCCGUGGCCUCCCCGACAGUCUCCCGCCUGACGGACACCACCAAGUUCACAGGCUCGCACAAGGAGCGUUUCGACGAGACCGGGCGGGGAAAGGGCAAGGCGGGCCGCGUGGAGAUUGUGGACACGUCCGGAUACGUGUCGGGAUACAAACACGCCGGCACGUACGAGAAGAAGGUCAAACCCCCUCCCAAGCCCGUGUGACGACGGAGCGGAGCAGAGGGA